UCGGGACUGGGCGGGGACCGGGGACCGAGGCGGCUACCGGCCGCCACGUGGGCGGCCCGCGCGGCGCUGCCAAGCCCCGCUGGCCUGCAGGCUCGGCGCCUGCGGAGCCUCCGUGGCGCGAGAUCGGGGCUGUGGCGAGGCCCGAGGCCUUCGGUGCCAAGGGGCGCGGGCUCGGCCCAGGGGCUGCGGGCUGCUCGCGUGACCUUGGGGCGGCCCCGGGUGGGCCAGACAGCCCCGUCGGGACGUGGGGCGGCCCCGCCUCGCGAGCUCCUGGAUCUCGGGCUCACUUAAGGCGCGUGGGGAUGGCGGUUUCCUCUGGCUCUGCCCACUUGCGGGCUUCCUACCAAGGCAGCGCAUCCCGUCGCCUACGCAGCACUUCAUUCAUUCUGUCUUCACGUCUAGAACCGCCACAGGCCUCUGCGGCGGAAGAUCGCGUGCCAGCGGGGCGGACGGGGCCUGGACGCACUGACCCAGGGUGGGGGCUGCUUUGCUGGCUGCGGGUGUCCGCUCGGGACACCCACGAGGACCAUGACACCUCCACCGAGAACGCAGAUGAGUCCAACCAUGAUCCCCAGUUUGAACCUAUAGUUUCUCUUCCUGAGCAAGAAAUCAAAACUUUGGAAGAAGAUGAAGAGGAGCUUUUUAAAAUGCGGGCAAAGCUAUUCCGAUUUGCUUCAGAGAAUGAUCUCCCUGAGUGGAAGGAACGAGGCACUGGCGAUGUCAAGCUCCUGAAGCAUAAGGAGAAAGGGACCAUCCGCCUCCUCAUGCGGAGGGACAAGACCUUGAAGAUAUGCGCCAAUCACUACAUCACGCCGAUGAUGGAGCUGAAGCCGAACGCGGGCAGCGACCGUGCCUGGGUCUGGAACACCCACGCCGACUUUGCCGAUGAGUGCCCCAAGCCGGAGCUGCUGGCCAUCCGUUUCCUAAACGCAGAAAAUGCACAGAAAUUCAAAACAAAGUUUGAAGAAUGCAGGAAAGAGACUGAAGAGAGAGAAAAAAAAGCAUCAGGCAGAAACAAGAACACCGAGAAAGUGACUGAAAAGCUAGAAGCUCUUUCGGUGAAGGAGGAGAGCAAGGAGUCCGAAGGCGAGAAGCCCACGGAGAGAGCUGGAGAGAAGCAAUAAGUCAUCUUACCCUUCUUUUCUUUUCCUUCCAUUCUCUCCCGUUUUCUUUUUUUAAAUUUUGCCCUGCCCCCGUCUUUUUAGUUUGUUUUUAUUCUGUUUUGUUUUUACAAGGGACUUUAUAUAAAGAACUGAAUUCCAA